AUGCUGUCGCUCCACUCCCCUCACUCCACUCCGGCAUCGGAGUACACCGAGUUCACCGGAAACUUUCCGGCGAUUGCAGCUCAGUGCCUGCAGAGAUUGCCUUCUUCAAAUGAUAAGUUUACUUACAAUUGUGAUCAUCAUACUUUUAACUUCCUAGUUGAAGAUGGCUACGUGCUUGGAGAAUUUGAAUUUUUUUCGUUGAAUUGCAAGUGGUUUUUGUUGGAUCUAGCUAGAAAGCCAAAAGCUAGGCUCCUUACUGUUAUCGCUAGAGUUUGGAUUCCCGGGAGAGUUUGGAAUAUAAACUGUCCGGAGAGUUCGGAGAAACUCUUCGCAUUGUGCGGAGAGAGCACAGUUCAGAGAGAUCACUUGAUCUCUCCACAGGGUGUGGAGUUGCUCCGUACUGUGCUGAGUGACCAAAGUGUGGAAACAUUGAAAAGCCAGGAAACAAAGAUUACAUCAGUUCAAGAUGAUCUAGCCAAAGUCCUUAAAGAAAAAGAAGCACUUGAAGCUGCUGUGACUGACCUAACCAAUGAUGCUACCCAGAUGAAGGAGUUGUGCAAUGAUCUUGAGGCUAAGUUGCAGCAGUCAGAUGAUAAUUUCUGCAAAGCUGAUUCUCUUUUAUCCCAAGCAUUGGCAAACAAUACUGAACUCGAACAGAAGUUGAAAACCCUUGAAGAGCUUCACAGCGAGUCUGGGAAUGUUGUCACCACAACUAACCAAAAAAAUGUAGAGCUUGAAGACAUGGUACGAGUCUUGAGUGCAGCUGCAGAAGAAGCAAAAUCACAACUGAGAGAAUCUGAGACACGUUGUAUGGUAGCAGAGCAAAGGAGUGUUGAGCUUGAACAACUGCUUAGUCUGGUAGAACUCAAAAGCAACGAUUCUGAAAGAGAAUUGAGAGAACUUUCUGAGAAAUUUGCUGAACAGAAUGCCAUACUGAAGAAGGAGGUGGAACAGAAGGAACAAUUGAACAUCCAAUUGCAAGAAAAUGAGGACAAAAUAGCUCAAAUUAAAUCUGACUUGGGAAUAUCAACUGCACGGAAUUCGGACCUUGAGCUAGAACUCAAGAAUGCCAUGGACAAAUGUGCUGAGCAUGAGGGACGAGCAAAUACAACCCAUCAGCGAAGCAUCGAACUUGAGGAUCUAGUGCAGACAUCACAUGUCAAGGCAACGGAGGCCGAUAAAAAAGUGAGCGAGUUAGAGCUACUUCUAGAAACAGAGAAAUAUAGGAUCAAGGAACUUGAAGAGCAAAUAAGCACGCUUGAGAAGAAAUGUGGGGAUGUGGAAGAAGAAUCCUUGAAAAGCAUUGAGAAAGUUUCUGAACUUGAAGGACAACUUGAGGCUUCUCAAUUGAAAACGUCAAGCCUAGAGGUUGCACUACAAGCUGCCACUGGAAAGGAAAAAGAGCUGACUGAGCACUUGCAUAUGAUCGCGGAGGAGAAUAGGAAUUUGAAAGAUGCAUCAAAAACCUCAAAUGAGAAGUUAUCUGAAGCUGAAAAUCUUGUUGACAUUUUGAGGAAUGAAUUGAGUAUUUCUCAACAGAAAUUGGAGAGCAUCGAAAAUGAUGUCAAGGCUGCUGGAAUGAGAGAAAAUGAAGUUAUAGAGAAGCUCAAGUCAGCUGAGGAGCAGUUAGAGGAACAAAGAAGAGUGUUGGAGAAAGCUACAACAAGAAGCACAGAGCUUGAAUCAUUGCAUGAAACUCUAACAAGGGACUCAGAGAAGAAACUCCAAGAAGCAUUAUCUAAUUUCAGCAGCAGAGAUUUGGAAGCAAAAUCUUUGAAUGAGACAUUAACAAGUCUUGAAGAUCAAGUUAAAAAUUAUCAAGAGCAGCUAGCUGAAGCAAAUGAAAGAUAUGAAGCUGUGAAGGAGGAGCUUGAUCUGAUUAUAGUGAAGUUAGCUUCUUCUGAGAAUGCCAAUGAAAACUUGAAACAAAAGAUUUUUGAUGCAGAAGGUAAAGCUGAACAGUAUGUUGCAGAGAAUGAAUUGUUAGCUGACACCAACUUACAGCUCAGUAAACAGGCUAAAGAACUUGAGGAAAAAUUAAAUUUGGCUCUUUCUGAGAAGGAAGUCUCUGAUAAGCAGCUUGCUUCUCAUAUGAGCACCAUCACUGAAUUAACAGAGGGGCACUCAAUAGCCCCUGAACUUCAAUUGGCGGCUGAAGCUCGCAUUUCAGGAGCGGAAGCACAGUUGGAGGAAGCUCUCCUGAAAGUCAAUCAAAGAGACUCAGAAGCAAAGGACUUCUAUGAGAAGCUGAAGGCUCUUGAAGAACAAGUGCAAAUGUAUGAAGAAAAGGCUCAGGAAACAUCUACACUUUUGCAAACUAGAGAAGGAGAACUGGAACAAACUCUGUUGAAAUUGAAGGAUUUGGAAAGUGAAGUUGAGGAAAAAUCAAAGCUUACUCAAGAACUGGCUUCACAUCGCUCAAAGUUAAAUGAUUUGGAAACCAAAUUGUCAACUGUUUCUUCUGAGAAAAAUGAUGCAGUUGAAGAGCUUCAGUCUGCAAAAAAAGAUAUAGAAGAUUUGACACACAAGCUUGCUUCAGAAGGCCAGAGGCUACAGUCUCAGAUAUCCUCUGUCAUGGAAGAAAACAAUUUGCUUAAUGAAACAAAUCAAAGUUCCAAGAAGGAGCUUCAGACAAUUGUAGUACAUCUUGAAGAGCAAUUGAAAGAACAAAAUUCAAGGUUUGAAACUCUCAACACUGAAGUUGGUCAGAAGGCUGAGUUACAAAGUCGUCUGAAGGAGCUUGAAGAACAUUUAGCAAUUGCUGAGGCUAGAGUUAAAGAAGAGGUAAUGCAAAUUUAUAUGGUUGUGGAACUCAUAUUAUUUAGCAUAGAUCUUAUAUAUUCAAAAACAAAGCCAUUUUUCUUCGAUAACGAGUCAAGCUCUCAAAAGAAGUUGGAACAAGAAGCUUCUUUGAAGCAAUCAUUUGAAGAACUUGAUGCCAAGAACAAAACAGUCUUACAUUUGGAAAAUCAAGUUAAAGAGCUCGAGCAGAAGUUACAGCUAGCAGAUUCUAAAUUGAAAGAGAAGGUUAGGUUUCUUUCUGCCUCCGGUUCACCAGCACAUGUAUAUAGUGUCUUCAUCUUUGAAUAUACAAGGGAUUGGGAAGGACUGCACAUACAUACAUAA